UAGGAGGGUCGUUUCGAGAUUGGUGUUUCUUCGAUUCCACAGUGAGGGAGCACAGUUCCCGUGCGAAACACGCACUGACUGCGGCGAGACCAAGUUUGGUGAAAGCGACCCGGUCCGAGCGCCGCCGCGCGAAACACCGUGGCAUUCCCUCGAUCCAAGAACAACCUGAGAAGGCAAGGUUUCGCCAAAACUACUUCUUUGGAACCUUCAUCUCGCUCGCCUCCAAUUACGCUCGGCAGAUACCAGAAAACACGCCGUGUCUGUAAUUGCUUUAUCGGCGGGUGCACAGCCCCUUCGCGACCGACAGAACCAUUUGCCGGGUCCCGACCCCUGGAUCGCAUAGUGAAUCAGCAAAUCACCACCACUGACUGACCCGCCAACCGUCGCACCGAGAACGUCCAGCGCCCAACCGUCGCACCACGAGCACCGUCGGCGCCGCCAUGGCCGUUGCGAUCAACGACCGAACGGCGGAAUUCCGUCACAUCGUCUCUGCCGCUCAGCGGAAACAGGCGGCCAAGCCUGGCUCGAAGCGACUGCUCAGCGAUGCGCAGAAGAGCGCGGCCGCUGGGGGCGCGCCACCGCGGCGGUCCGAAUUUGCGCGGCACGCGGCAGAGAUCGGUAGGGGAAUCUCGGCGACGAUGGGGAAACUCGAAAAACUAGCACAACUUGCCAAGAAGCGAUCACUCUUUGACGACAACCCGGUGGAGGUGAACGAGUUGACCUUCAUCAUCAAACAAGACCUCUCUCGCCUAAACGAAGAAAUCCGCAACCUGCAAGCUCUGUCGAAGCGCCUGCAUCCUAAACCAGAUCAAGAGGGGGAAAACAACAAGAACAUCUUGCUCUUGCUGCAGGGGAAGUUGGGGGAUGUCAGCGCAAACUUCAAAGACGUGUUGGAGAUCCGAACCAAAAACAUUCAGGCUUCAAGAUCACGGACCGAGGCGUUUGUGUCGACGGUGGGGCAGCACGCCCACGCAUCCAUACCACCCUCGGCAUCCCCUCUCUAUAGCACCCCGGCGAGGGGGACGCCGUCUCCCGGCGCCGACCUUAUCUCGCUCAAUCCGAUGGGAGGAGACCAGCAGCUGCAGCUGCAAAUGAUGGAGGAAGGGCAGAACUCGUACAUCCAACAGCGCGGGCAGGCCAUUGAGGCGAUCGAAGCGACCAUCAACGAACUCGGAUCAAUCUUUGGGCAGCUCGCCAGCAUGGUUAGCGAACAAUCCGAGAUGAUCCAACGCAUCGAUGCAAACACAGAAGAGGUUGUCGACAACGUCGAAGGAGCGCAACGAGAGCUGCUCAAAUACUGGUCCCGCGUCUCGGGGAACCGCUGGCUCAUAGCCAAGAUGUUUGGUGUCCUUAUGGUGUUCUUCCUGCUCUGGGUGUUGAUCGCCGGGUAGCCGGGCGCUGCGCCCUUAUUCCCAUUCUUGUACAGGACCUUCUUCUCUUUCCUUUUUUCCGUGGCGGCGUCAGCAGAGAUCACCGCAUCUUAAACAUUCGUAAUAGGGAUUCAACGCAUUGGUCGGGCGGCUUUCACAUUGAGGAGUUGAAGGCUUCUCCUGUAUUGACUAGAUGGCAAUGUAGAGCAUUGCUGGGAGUCAGACGGCGGUCGCUGUCAUAGAUGCGAUAUCUAGCAUUUGAGCACCCUUUUUCCUUGGUUAAUGACAAGAUCCUCACGAAGUUCAAUCCUCGUCAACUUCUUACUCUAGCGGGACGCC